AUGGUGAAUUACGUGUUAUUUGAGACAGCCUCAGGCUAUUCCCUGUUUGAAGUUUUACAAGUAGAGGAGAUUGGUGCAAAGCUUGAAACUGUUCAACAGGCAGUUGAAGACCUCGCGAAAUUCGGAAAAAUGGUUAAACUCAAGGCUUUCGUACCUUUCAAAAAUUCCGUAGAUGCAUUGGAAAAUGCCAAUGAUAUUUCAGAAGGCGUUGUAAACGCACAUCUUCAAGCAUUCCUUGAAAUGAAUAUGCCCAAGAGUAAAUCAAAAAAGAAAAAGGCUAAUAAAGUGGUAUUGGGAGUUGUCGAUAAAAAUUUGGCAAGCUCGAUUGUGGCACAAUUCGGAUAUGAAUGCGAUACCAGCGAAUUAGUUCUUGAACUUGUGCGUGGUAUUCGACUACACUCCGACAAGCUUUUGAAGGAUAUGAAGGAGGGUGAUCUUGAAAAGGCACAGCUUGGAUUAGGGCACAGUUAUUCAAGGGCGAAAGUGAAGUUUAAUGUUAAUCGUAUUGAUAAUAUGAUCAUUCAAGCGAUAGCUUUAUUGGAUCAGAUUGAUAAAGACAUCAAUACAUUUUCCAUGCGCAUCAGAGAAUGGUACUCCUGGCAUUUUCCCGAAUUGAUUAAAAUUGUCAAUGAUAAUCACCAAUACGCAAAACUUGCCAAGCUAAUCAAGAAUAAAGGUGAACUUACCGAGGAAGACCUUGAAUCUAUUGAAGAGAUAACUGGCGACGAAUCAAAAGCUCAACAGAUACUAGAUGCGGCUCGUUCUUCUAUGGGAACCGAUAUUUCAAUCAUUGACAUGAUCAACAUUGGAAGUUUUGCCGAUCGCGUUAUCGGCCUUUCUGAUUAUCGUAAAGGCUUACACGAAUACGUCCAAACCAAAAUGAAUAAUGUUGCACCGAAUCUUUCGGCUCUUAUUGGAGAAAUUGUCGGCGCGAGAUUGAUUUCACAUGCAGGCAGCUUGACAAAUUUAUCGAAAUACCCCGCGUCCACUGUUCAGAUUCUUGGCGCAGAAAAGGCUCUGUUCAGAGCUCUAAAAACCAAAGGAAAUACACCAAAGUACGGUCUUUUGUACCAUUCUACAUUUAUUGGCAGAGCUGGCACGAAAUAUAAAGGCAAAAUCUCACGAUUCUUGGCUAAUAAAUGUACAAUUGCGUCAAGAAUCGAUUGCUUUUCAGAUAAACCAACCUCCAAAUACGGUGAAGCUUUAAAGGAACAAGUGGAAAGACGAUUAGACUUUUAUGAAAAAGGUUCCCCGUGCACAAAGAAUGAAGAGACGAUGAGGAAGGUUUUGGAGUCACUCUCUGAAAAGGUGGGUAUGGAUUUGGACGAAGAUGAAGUCAUUAGUGACGAGGAAAGUAGUGACGAGGAGAUGGAUAUUGAAGAAAAACCGACAAAUCAUUUCGCUAAUAACAAUAAUAAAGCGUCAGUCUCUAACAAAAACAUCAAAGCCAAGGAUAGUAAAUCAUCAGAUGAAUCUGAAUCCGAGGAAUCAGAUGAAUCUGCGACUGAGGAAGAAGUAUCGUCUAAAGAAAAGAAAGGUCAAAAGAAAAAAGCGGAAACUAAAGCUAGUGAGGCUAAAUCCUCAAAGCUCACUACUAAGUCAUCGAAGAGUAAAUCAUCAGAUGAAUCUGAAUCCGAGGAAUCCGAUGAAUCUGAGACUGAGGAAGAAGUAUCGUCUAAAGAAAAGAAAGGUCAAAAGAAAAAAGCGGAAACUAAAGCUAGUGAGGUUAAAUCCUCAAAGAUCACUACUAAGCCAUCGAAAGAAACUCGACCUUCCACGCCAAAGAAUGCUAAACCUUCAACAUCAAAUGAUGCGAAAGCUUCUACUCCAAAGGAUGCUAAACCUUCCGCAUCAAAGAAAGCAGAAUCCAAAAAAUCCAAAAAAUCAACAAAAUCAUCUUUAACGGAAGAAUUCGACAAAAUAAGCAAACAGGUUACUGAAAAAUUACAUGGUGAAGAAGAUGAAGAUAAAGUUGAGCAACCAACUCCAUCAUCUAAAGUAAAGGAAACUAAAAAGAAAGCGGUGCCAACUCCCUCAUCACCUAAAGUAAAGGAAACUAAAAAAGAAACGGCGGCAGCUGAGUCGAAGGUUGUUGAACAAUCCGAGUCGAAGAAACGCAAAGCAGCAACCAGUAAAAGUGACGAUAAACCCAAAAAAUCAGCGAAAGUAUCUUUUGCGGAUGACAUCGGCUCUGCAUUCCACAAAACACAAGACGACACUACAUCAUCAGAUGAAUCUGAAGUUGAGCAACCAACUCCACCAUCUAAAGUAAAGGGAACUAAAAAGAAAGCGGUGCCAACUCCCUCACCACCUAAAGUAAAGGAAACUAAAAAGAAAACGGCGGAAGCUGAACCGAAAGUUGCUGAAAAGUCCGAAUCGAAGAAACGCAAAGCAGCAACCAGUAAAAGUGACGAUCGACCCAAAAAAUCAGCAAAAGUAUUUUUUGCGGAUGACAUCGGUUUUGCACUCAACAAAAUUCAAGAAAUACCCGGCACAUCAUCGGAUGAAUCUGAAGCUGAACAACCAAUUCCAUCAUCACCUAAGGUAAAGGAAACUAAAAAGAAAGCGGCGGCAACUCCAUCAUCACCUAAGGUAAAAGAAACUAAAAAGAAAGCGGCGGCAACUCCAUCAUCACCCAAGGUAAAAGAAACUAAAAAGAAAGCGGCGGCAACUCCAUCAUCACCUAAAGUAAAGGAAACUAAAAAGAAAGCGGCAGCGGUUGAUGCUAAGGAAAAGGUUGCCCAAUCAGAAUCAAAGAAACCCAAAGCAAAGACCAGCAAAAGUGACGAUAUAAAACCCAAAAAAAUAACCAGAUCAACCAGAUCAACCACAUCUAAAAAUUAA